AUGAAAAACUUUUUGCAAAUAGUACAUCAAUAUUCCGAUCACGACUUCAAAUCCCAGUUUCGAGGGCAACAGCAUAUGAUAUUAUAAAUAAUUUCGAAAAUUCGACGUUCUAUUCUGGUGAUACAAGCCACGGAGGUAUUAAACCGUCCUCUGCUGAAUCACACGUUUUAUCUUUUUUGUGGUUUGCAGGAAAUAAAGUGUGCUUAAGAGAUGUUGCACAAAGAUUUGGAGUAUGCGCUACAACGAUUUUUCGACAAAAUAAAAAAAUGAUGGAUUUUCUAUGCGAUAUAGCUGGAAACGUCAUCAAAUUUUCUGACAAAGAAAAUACUGCAAACGAAUUCCUUCAAAUUGCAGGAUUUCCGAAAGUUCUUGGCUGCAUUGAUGGGACUUUCAUUAAAGUCCGAACGCCAGCCCACAAAAUAAAAUCGACAUAUGUAAAUAGACAUGACAUCCCUUCGAUAACAUUGCAGGGCAUAUGUGAUGCUCGAAAGAGAUUUAUAGAUACAUUUACAGGAAUCCCGUCGAAAAUUCACGAUGCGCGCGUACUCAAAUUAUCAGAUAUAUGCGACGAGUUGCCAGGAAUAUGUGAAGGCGGAAAAUAUCACAUUCUAGGCGAUGGAGCGUAUCCAAUAAGAGAAUGGCUUAUUAUACCAUUUAAAGACUACGGAAAUCUGUCUGCAAAGGAUAAACAAUUUAAUAAAAUGCUGUCUGCGACUCGAGUAUUGAUCGAGAAUGCGUUUGGACUGUUGAAAGGUCGUUUUCGACAAUUAAUCGAAGUAGAUCUACAUACUGUUGAUAAAAUAUCAAAAUUUAUUACAUCAUGUUGCGUUUUGCAUAACUUAUGCAUAGACAACAACGAUAACUUUGAUGUUGAUAUUGUUAUAGAAAACAAUGAAGAUUAUAAUAAUGAAGGCAGAGGUCAACAAGAAGCUCUAUUACGAAGAUUAGGGGAAGUAAAAAGAAACCAAUUGAUGAAUGUACUUUUUCCAUGAAAUAAAAAUUAAUACAAUAUG